CGUUUCUAGAUUUGGCAACGCGUGCCUUUGUUCUUUCUUCCUGCUAUUACGCAGUAUUUGUCAGCCUUUAUUGUCUAAUAAAGACGCAUCGUGAGCUCCUCGCCAUAGUCUGUUCAAAAGAUAAACUUUUUUUGCAUUUUCAAACAUCGAAUCCAAAGAAUGCACGAUUUUUGGUGGAAGAUGCCGAUUGACAGACUUGCAGACAUCCAGGCGAUACCACAUUUAAAAUCGCUAAACCUACGAAAUGUGAAUUCUUUCGCCGGCAAGUGCUUAAUGGUACCCGAAGAGCAAAUUCUAUGGGUGCGGAACUCUGGAGUUCCUCCGAACGCGCCGUUCCCCGACCGGAAAUCGCUUUAUGCGCUACGGAAGCUGCGGGAGUUCUCGCAUCCCAAUGUCGGACUGUUAAACGGGAUUGUAUGCCAUCCAUCAUAUUCUUCUCUGAAACGACAUGGGCUCCUCCAUCCAAAGAGAUGUCUGGUUAUAAGCGCUUCGUUUUGCAAAUCUCCGGGCUGGCACACAUAGACAUUGUAAAAGACAUUAGCCAGGAAAAGGACAUAAGCUACGUUGCCCCCGAAUUGCGAGGGCAAAGCAUGGAUUUGUGGAGCCGGUCAACAACUUCAGCGAUAUCUUUGUAUUUUUCAGUAUAUUAUGUAAUCUGGCUGCUGCUACCCGAGUACACGUACCAAGGUGCUACAGGAUUUAACAAUUUUACCGCACAAACACAAGAACACAGUAAUAUUUCUCCAGCAGUUGCUGCUGAAUUUCAGUCACUCAUAGCCAAAUGCCGGGAAAUUGACCCCGGUCAACGACCAACGAUAAGUGUCAUUCGAAGAGUGUUUUCCAGAAUGUUUAAUACCGGCAAAAGAAACCUUACCGAUAACAUUCUUCAACGGUUGCAAAGACACGCGCUUCAGCUGGAAGAUGCAGUUACGGAGCGAACCCAUGAACUUGUUAAAGAAAUCGACGCCAGUCAGACCCUGCUGAGUGAACUGCUUCCAAGACAAAUUGUCAUACGGCUGAAAACUGAGAAAACCAUCCAACCCGAACAUUUCGAGUGCAUCUCCCUGAUGUUCUCGUACACUGUUGGCUUCGCUGAAUUUGUUAUCGACAAACACAGAUUAUCCUUUGUUAAUAAUCAAAUUCCUGGAUGAAAUGUUUCUAUCGUUCGACAACAUCGUGGGUCGCUAUGAUGCGUACAAGGUGGAGACUAUCAAUGACAGUUAUAUGGAUGCCAGCGGUGUACCAGAGCGCAAUGAAAUACGUCAUGCCCAAGAAAUCUGCUUUUGCGCUCAGGGAUUCCGAAAAGCUUUUCCAGAAAUUGCCGGACGCAUGCCGCAUAGUUUGAGCGUAAAAAUAAGAAUAAAUACCGGUAUCUGUAAUUAAUAGUGAUACAAAAACGCCAACGUCAAAAAAUAACCGCCUAACUGGUUGUAGGACCAUGCGUCGCCGGAAUUGUCGGUACAA